AUGAACUUGGUGAUUUGUUCCAAACGCAGGGCUUCCGGACAGGAGCAAGACAGACGCGAGGCGUGCGCCCCCGGGGAGCCCCCACGCUCCGGCCACGCCCAUCCUGGCCCUGGGCAUCCGCGCCCUGGAGGCCUGGCACCGAGGCGGGCGGGUCUCCGAGUUAGGGGCCCGCGAGUCGGCUGGGCGCCCCCGCCUCUGUCCGGGCAGUGCUCCGCCGAGUGCCCAGGACUGCGGGCAAAUGGGCUGGAGGGCCGGGCCGCGGAAGGCGUUCUCACACCGGCCAGUCUCCGUCCACCAGGAAGCCAACUCCUCGUACCUCCCCGGGGACCGAAAACCGCCGGUGCCGCCGCACCCGCCGCCGCCGCCGCCUGCUCAUGGAGAGCCCGGGCUGCUGCCGCCGCCGCCGCCGCCUCAUCUAUGAGUACCGCCGGCUGUCUCGGCCUCCCCCGGCGUGAGUUCUGGGCUCUGGCACGGCCUCCAUGGCACCCGCCGCGGCGGGAGCCACAGCAGCUCCAGCGCCCAGGCCCAAUCCCCCUGGACCCACGGAGCCAGGACAGCGGGACACGUCGCUUCUUAUUACGGAGGAAGAUUCGGCACCACCUCCGCCCCCUCCCCCUAACCCCCCCCGUUUCCAGUCGCCUGACAGCGCAGCUGCGCAGGCGCGAAGACGCCCCAGCCUAACGUGCGUGUGUCGGAAUCCUGAUCUGUUACCUAGGCUGGAG